AUGAGCAGUAUACCUGACUACAUGGUCACCAGAACGUGCCCGGAUGUAAGAACAACAACAUUCAUGGGACCAGACGACUGGAAAACAGGUCAGGACCAUGCUCAACACUUCAAUAUAUACACCGACGGCUCCAAAAUGGAAGGAGGAGUUGGAGCGGGCAUAUACUGCACAGACCCUGAAAUGAGGCUGACACAGUCAAGCGGCGAUAAGAUCCUGCAAUCGUCAGCGGUCAGUUCCAAAAGUGUAUUGGCAAGCACGGAGGCACUAGAUAUCCUUAGCACGACCACGUCAGUGAGGAUCUACUGGGUUCCCAGCCACCAGGGCAUCGAUGGUAAUGAGGCGGCAGACGAACUUGCAAAGGAAGGCGUUGGACUGACGAAUGAAAGAACAGAAAACGUUCCUGUCUCCCUCAGAACGUUCCAAAGCGAACUGGAAAGACGGGCCGACACACGAGCCAAAAGCAGAUGGAGAAGAACUUCCACCACCUGCAAAAUUUCAAAAAUCAUGUGCAAAGAGCGCAACGCAAAACAUCUUCCAAGGAAAGACGUCAGACUUCUAGUGGGAAUUCUUACAGUUCAGUGCCUAGCUGCGGCACACGCAGUGAAACUGGGCAUUACCGACAAUGCCAAAUGCAGGGCAAGAAUAAACUACAUAGGCGCUCCGGUUCUGGCAUCGCUAGAGGAUGCCUCCAGGAAGAAGCCAGGCGAACUACUUGCCUUCGCGAAAAAUACCUCGAUCCUAAAAGAUUUCGAAAAUCACGAAAACAUUCUCUAG